AUGCCGCGCCGCGGGCCCCCCGCCGGCAGCACCGCGCGCCGCCACGCCGCCGCCCGGGAUGAGGCGCCGCCGAGCCCCGACGGCUCGGGCGACGACGCGGGCCCCGAGCCCCCCACCGAGCCCCCCGCUGAGGAAAUCGAUGACCGGACCCCGGAGGAAAUUUUGAGCAGCAUCCCGCCUCCGCCGCCGCCUGCCAUGACCAACGAGCCCGGGGCGCCCCGGCUCAUGAUCACCCACAUUGUGAACCAGAACUUCAAGUCUUACGCGGGCGAAAAAGUCCUGGGACCUUUUCAUAAGCGUUUUUCCUGUAUCAUUGGGCCAAACGGCAGUGGGAAAUCCAAUGUUAUCGAUUCUAUGCUUUUUGUAUUUGGCUACCGAGCCCAAAAAAUAAGAUCUAAAAAGCUCUCGGUUCUGAUACAUAAUUCUGAUGAACACAAGGAUAUUCAGAGUUGUACGGUAGAAGUUCAUUUUCAAAAAAUAAUUGAUAAGGAAGGGGAUGAUUAUGAAGUCGUUCCUAACAGUAACUUCUAUGUAUCUAGAACUGCUUAUAGAGAUAAUACUUCAGUCUAUCACAUAAGUGGGAAGAAAUCAACAUUUAGGGAUGUUGGAAAUCUUCUCCGAAGUCAUGGAAUUGACUUGGACCAUAAUAGAUUUUUAAUCUUGCAGGGUGAAGUUGAGCAAAUUGCCAUGAUGAAACCAAAAGGCCAGACAGAACACGAUGAGGGUAUGCUUGAAUAUCUAGAAGAUAUCAUUGGUUGUGGACGACUAAAUGAACCUAUUAAAGUCUUGUGUCGGAGAGUUGAAAUAUUAAAUGAACAUAGAGGAGAAAAGUUAAACAGAGUGAAGAUGGUAGAAAAAGAAAAGGAUGCCUUAGAAGGAGAGAAGAAUGCAGCCAUUGAGUUUCUUACUUUAGAAAAUGAGAUAUUUAAAAAAAAGAGUCAUGUUUGUCAAUAUUACAUUUAUGAUCUGCAGAAACGAAUUGCUGAAAUGGAAAAUCAGAAGGAAAAAAUUGAUGAAGAUACAAAAGAAAUCAAUGAAAAGAGCAGUAAACUGUCUAAUGACAUGAAAGCAAAAAAUAAAGCUGUGAAAGAUGUAGAGAAGAAACUCAAUAAAAUUACAGAUUUUAUUGAGAAGAACAAAGAAAAAUUUACUCAGCUGGAUUUAGAGGAUGUUCAAGUUAGAGAAAAAUUAAAGCACGCUACAAGUAAAGCCAAAAAACUGGAGAAACAACUUCUAAAAGAUAAAGAAAAGGUUGAAGAAUUUAAAAGUGUGCCUGCCAAGAGUGAAAAAAUUAUAGCUGAAACAACAACUCGAAGUAAUGCUCUAGAGAAGGAAAAAGAAAAAGAAGAAGAAAAAUUAAAGCAAGUUAUGGAUAGCCUCAAACAGGAAACACAAGGGCUUCAGAAAGAAAAAGAAAGUCAAGAAAAAGAACUUAUGGCUUUCAGCAAAUCAGUAAAUGAAGCACGUUCCAAGAUGGAUGUAGCUCAGUCUGAACUUGAUAUCUAUCUCAGUCGUCAUAAUACUGCAGUUUCUCAGUUAAGUAAGGCCCAGGAAGCUCUCGUCACAGCCUCUGAGACUUUGAAAGAAAGGAAAGCUGCAAUCCGCGAGAUAGAGGCAAAACUCCCUCAGAAUAAGCAGGAAUUAAAACAGAAAGAGCAAAAACUUAAAGAGCUUACACAAGAAGAAAUAAACGUCAAAAGUUUGGUUCAUGAUCUUUUCCAAAAAGUUGAAGAAGCAAAGAGUUCCUUAGCAAUGAAUCGAAGUAGGGGGAAAGUCCUUGAUGCAAUAAUUCAAGAAAAAAACUCUGGCAGAAUUCCAGGAAUAUAUGGACGAUUGGGCGACUUAGGAGCAAUUGAUGAGAAGUAUGAUAUUGCUAUUUCUUCUUGUUGUCACGCACUAGACUACAUUGUUGUUGAUUCUAUUGAUACAGCCCAAGAAUGUGUGAACUUCCUUAAAAGAAAAAAUAUUGGUGUUGCAACUUUUAUAGGUUUGGAUAAGAUGGCAGUGUGGGCAAAGAGGAUGUCAAAAAUUCAAACUCCUGAAAAUACUCCUCGUUUAUUUGACUUAGUAAAAGUAAAAGAUGAGCAAAUUCGGCAAGCUUUUUACUUUGCUUUAAGGGACACCUUAGUGGCUGACAACUUAGACCAAGCCACCAGAGUAGCAUAUCAAGGCAAGCAGCGCUGGAGAGUUGUGACCUUGCAAGGCCAGAUCAUCGAGCAGUCAGGUACUAUGACAGGUGGUGGCAGCAGAGUGACAAAAGGCAGGAUGGGGUCUUCAGUCAUCAUGGAGGUCUCCGAAGAGCAGGUAAAUAAAAUGGAAUUACAGUUACAGAAAGAUUCUCUAAAAGCGACACAAAUCCAAGAACAGAAAGUCCAACUGGAAGAAACAGUACUUAAGUUACAGCAGAGUGAGAGAGAUAUGAGGAAUACGCUGGAGAAGUUCACUGCGAGCAUCCAGCAUUUAUCAGAGCAAGAAGAAUAUCUGACUGUACAAGUUAAAGAACUUGAAGCUAAUGUACUAGCUACAGCCCCUGACAAAAAGAAGCAGAAAUUACUAGAAGAAAAUGUCAGCGCUUUCAAAAUAGAGUAUGACAGCGUUGCUAAGAGAGCUGGUAAAGUAGAGGCUGAAGUUAAAAGGUUACAUGAUCUCAUCAUUGAAAUCAAUAACCAUAAACUCAAGGCACAACAAGACAAACUGGAUAAAAUAAAUAAGCAGCUGGAUGAAUGUGCUUCUUCCAUUACUAAAGCCCAAGUAUCGAUCAAGACUGCAGACAGAAAUCUUAAAAAAGCACAAGACACCGUGUCUCGCACAGAGAAAGAAAUAAAAGAUACUGAGAAGGAAGUUAAUGAUUUAACAGCAGAACUAAAAAGUAUUGAAGACAAAGCAGCAGAAGUCAUACAAGAUACCAAUUCUGCCGAGGAAUCUUUACCAGAGAUCCAGAAAGAAUAUCGCAAUCUUCUUCAAGAACUGAAAUUGAUUCAAGAAAAUGAACAUGCUCUUCAAAAAGAUGCACUCAGUAUUAAGUUGAAACUUGAACAAUUAAAUGGUCAUAUUGCUGAGCAUAACUCUAAAAUAAAAUAUUGGCAAAAAGAGAUUUCAAAAAUAUCACUGCAUCCCAUUGAAAAUAAUCCUGUCGAGGAAAUUUCAGUUCUAAGCCCAGAGGACCUUGAAGCCAUCAAGAACCCUGAUUCUAUCACAAGUCAGAUUGCACUUUUGGAAGCCCAGUGUCAUGAAAUGAAGCCCAACCUCGGUGCCAUUGCCGAGUAUAGGAAGAAGGAAGAAUUAUAUUUACAACGAGUAGCUGAGUUGGACAAAAUUACUUGUGAAAGAGAUCAUUUCAGACAGGCAUAUGAAGAUCUUCGGAAGCAAAGGCUUAAUGAGUUUAUGGCAGGUUUUUAUAUAAUAACAAACAAACUAAAGGAAAAUUACCAGAUGCUCACUCUGGGGGGCGAUGCUGAGCUAGAACUAGUGGACAGUUUGGACCCUUUCUCUGAAGGCAUCAUGUUCAGUGUUCGGCCACCAAAGAAAAGUUGGAAGAAGAUCUUUAACCUUUCAGGAGGAGAGAAAACACUCAGUUCAUUGGCAUUAGUCUUUGCUCUUCACCAUUACAAACCCACACCCUUGUACUUCAUGGAUGAGAUUGAUGCAGCCCUUGAUUUUAAAAAUGUGUCCAUUGUUGCAUUUUACAUCUAUGAACAAACAAAAAAUGCUCAGUUCAUCAUCAUCUCCCUUCGAAAUAAUAUGUUUGAGAUUUCAGAUAGACUUAUUGGAAUUUACAAAACAUACAAUAUAACAAAAAGUGUUGCAGUUAACCCAAAAGAAAUUGCAUCUAAAGGACUAUGUUAACUUUGAAUACAUCAAUAUCAAAUUGAGUCUGCAUUCAGUGGAUUGUAUUUUUUGUUUUGGAGACACUUCUGGCAGGUUUGGGGGACAUAUGGGAUGCCAGGGACCGAUCCAAGAUUGGUCACUUGCAAGG